GCUGUGCCACAGUGUCUCUCAUCACAUUCAUACAGGACUCUAACCAGCAGAAUGCCGACCCAGCUCGAGGGUGCAAUGGAUGCACUGAUAGCAGUUUUCUACAACUACUCUGGAAAUGAUGGAGACAAAUACAAGCUUAACAAAGGCGAGUUGAAGCAACUCUUGAACAGCGAGCUCACUGACUUCCUCACGUCUCAGAAGGAUCCGAUGCUGGUGGAGAAAAUCAUGAACGACCUGGACUCUAACAAAGACAACGAGGUGGAUUUCAAUGAGUUUGUUGUGUUGGUGGCUGCCCUGACCGUUGCCUGCAAUGACUUCUUCCAAGAGCAGCAGAAGAAAACCAAGUAGACGUCUGCAGGAAAGCAACUGGAAGUCUUCAUCAACUGCAAUUGUCACAUU